AUGAAAUUUAACCAGCUAAACAACGAAAUUGAAAGUAUCCCAAAUUCUCAUCUCAACUUACAGUCAGAAGAAACCAAAAUAAUAAAAUCCGUUGAUAUUUCUCAAGAACACACAAAUAGAAACUCCUUUAUCCUCAAUACUGAAUUAGGCUCAGAUCCUUUAGAUCCAUAUAUGCCUUCAUUCAAAAUUGAUAUGCCUUUUUCAGUGAGUUCAAGUACAAUUCUUGAUGUUUUUACCAAAGUUGCCUCAAGAAAGCGCUUCCAGGUAUAGCAUUUUUUAUAUUAAUAAUAAUUUUUAUUACCACCCAUACCAAUUUUACCUAAAAUUAUUUUUUAUAUAUUAAUAACAGAACUAUAAUUUUCCUAUAAAUAAGAAUAAUUGAAAAAACCUCAAAUAUAGCAACUGCAGUUCAUAAGGAAGGGUAUGGCUUAAAAGAUAUCUUACUCUGCUGCCUUCCAGCCGAAGAACGCCAAAAAGGGAUUAUGUCUGCAGUUAGACUAUCAAUUUCUAUAAAUGAACGAAACUGCACCAGAACCAUCAUACUUAAAGGGAUUUAUGGUCUCCCACACACUAUUUGUCCAGUAGUCGAAGAUUUCAAAAAUAAAAUCGGAACAGCUUUAGAGCAGCCUCACGAAGACCGAGAAUUAUACAUGAACGUGUCAAAAGAAGUUGACGAAGAAACCAUCAUGACUUGUAAACACGAAAGUUCCUCUUAUUACCAAUUUCAUAAGAUUUUGUCAUCAGAAUCUUAUACAUUAGGGAAAACGAUAGCUGAUUUUUUAACUUCAUUUGCGAGCCAAUAUAGAAAUCCUGAGGAAUCAGUUUUAUUGCUACCACAGCCAAUUGAAUCAAUUAAAGUUAUAGUGGAAGACUCAGUUGAAGCAUUAUUUAGUCAUUAUAACUUUGGCAGGUCAAACACUGAAUCAAUGAUGCAUUUUUGUAGGCCUGCAGUAGAGAAAUAUGUGUAUGGGAAGCUGUUUAAUAAUUUAUUUGAUAUUUACAAAGCAAAAUCAAAUGCACUUGAACAUAAAUUUUUGGAAAAAAGGACAAAAAUUUUAGAAUUAGACAAUCAAGAAAUUUUGGAAAAAUUGCAAAUUAAUGAAAAAUAUAGGCUGAUUGGGAUUCCUCAGCCUUAUGCUGAAGCUAUUGAAGCUUUGAAAAAGCUAGAACAAACUUGUGUGCCGGUUGAAAAGCUUAAUUGUCUACUAACCAUGGUGGGGGCGAUGAAAACGUGUGUUCUGGAUUAUUCGAAAGGAAAAGAUGAAUUGAAUUCAAUGGACGACGAGCUGCCAGUUUUGAUGUAUAUAGUCAUAAAAAGCCAAACUCAGUUUAUUUCUGCUGAAUUAGCUUUAAUAAGCGAUUAUGUAGCGACAAAGUUUGAAAAUGAGAAGAGGAUUAUCUUAAGUUAAAAUAAUUUAGGCACAGAUAUCUAGCUUAACGUCAACUACGGGGUCGUAUCAGAAAAUCCACCAUCUUUACAGUUGUUGGGCCCACAGGCCGCUUGGCCAACCUCUUCGAUUCGUUAGGGCACGCUUGAAAAAGGUCUGCCGGCUUCGAAGACUCAAAGGAAGGGACGAAAGGCUCAGGCCUUUCAGAUUCUCUUGGACAGGUCAAAGGGCAUGUGCCUCUCCUUCAAGCUGCUUGCUUGUCUUUGCUGGGGAUAAAAUUCCCAUGUAAAACAAUCAUAAUGAUAAUAAUUAGACUUUACCGCUGAUUGAUAUCAGCGUUUCUCUCGUUUUAUUCUAGAAAAUUCAAACGCAAAAAACUCAACGACAUCAAAGCAUAAAAGACAAAAUCUUCACAGCACAGACAUCUCCAAGAUACUCCAUCAGAAUUCCCAUGCUCAUCCUUUACUCCUUCAUUUUUCUUUUCCUUUCUCAAAAUUUGUAAUCUUUCACAAUUUUCCUUUUUUUUUAUACAUUUUGCCAAUAUUUCUUCUAAUUCAGGUCUUCGCCACCACUAUAGUGUCUGCAUCGCUAUAGCGUGCCUUGCACAGGAUUCUCCACACCAACUUGGAGUUGUGACAAGUCAACUCAAAUUGACAAAAGCGUGCCCUUUUGCAAGGAUUUGCCAACAUGGAGUUGACUUGUCACCUUUAGGUGGCUCUUCAGAGCUCCAAAUUGCUGUGGAGAACCCUCACCAAGGAAAUCUCUAGCGGUGCAGACGCUAUAGCACUUUUAAGACUUUACAACAUUUGUUUUUUCAUCUCUUGGACUUUCCCUUAUUUUCGCGGACAUACCUCAAUACUUUUGGCCACCUUCUAACAUAAAUUUUGGCAUUAUCACCACUUUUCUCAACAUCAUCUGCAGCUUUUAUUUCUUUGUUAUCAUCUGUUUCAUCUUCAUAAUUAACUAUUUUUCCUUAAUUAUUUCUUCGUCAUAUAAUUUAACACUCAUUAGCAUUGAGCAAACUCUGGCUCAUACAAUAUCUUCUCAUUCUGCCCUAACGCUCAAUUUGAGAAUCUUGCUCAUAUCUGUUCUUUGUUAGAUCCUGUUUCGAACUCCUCCAUUUCACCAUAUUCAAAAACUCCAUCAUUUACCCCACCAGUAAAUUUAAAGCUUGAUCUAAAUUACUUCUACAUAGCUUAAAAAGUUUUACAAAGAUUCAAAUCUCUUCUGUUGUUGGAGCGUAAAUUUAACUCAAAAUAAAACUAAGCCUCAUAAUCAUAAAAUUAUGAAUGAGAGGUAGCGAUCUGCAAAUCAGCACCUUAUGAAUUUCGCCAUUUUAUGAUUAUGGAGAAGAGAAUUAUCAUAAAUUUGGAAGGAGCUGUAAGGUAUAUAGCUGAUGAACUUGAGUAA